AUGGUUCUGGCGCUUCGGCCAACCGUGGGUGCCGAACCCGCCAAAUUUGGCAGCGAUUUUUACAAACCGCUAAUUCUGCAUCGAAAGCCCGCCUAUUGUUUCUCUAUUCGUGAGCCUAGUCUUAGCUUCAAAUCAUCUCUCCGCUGUUACUGCAUCAAAGAGGAGAUUACUGAUAAUCCCACUGAGGGCUUUUCAGCGCUUUCAUCUGAUAUUACAUGGGAAAGAGGAAGUAUUUGGAGUACUAUGGCAAUGUAUAUGUUUAAUUUGCACAUUCCUUUGGGUAUUGGAGGAUUGUCUAUAGUUGCCUAUCUAUUGCACCAACCUGUGCUUGAUCCACAAACUGAAGCCUUAUCACUGCUUGUCAUUCAAAUUUUAGAACUCAUUGGAGCUCUGCUUCUACUUAGAACCACUACCAAGCCAGAACAUAAGUUAAUGAGCUUCUUCAAAUCUAACAAGUUACCAAAGGAGAGGAAUUGGCUGUUAGCUUCAGCGCUGGGUUUCGGGUCUUUAAUUUUAUUGGUGUUCCUUACAUCAUUCCUUGUGGAUAUCUUAGCUGAGGCCAAGAGUGUGAACAACCCUAUUUUGAAGGAGAUUCUUCACAGCAGCAACAUAUCGAAAACUGCCUGUGUUUUUGUUUACUGCCUCAUCACUCCCCUACUGGAAGAAACUGUUUACAGAGGAUUUCUGUUGACGUCUCUGGCCUCCACAAUGAACUGGCAGAAAGCAGUUUUUCUGCACAUAUAAUAAUGCUUCCAAAUUCAGCAGUAUGGUCCAAUUGGCCCACCUGAUGCCUCGUUCCAAAUAUCGUAAAAUAUGAUUUACUUGUUGGAUUCACUGGCACCUAUGGAGCCUAAGCUGUCACUAGAAUUUUACAUUUAAAAUGAUGUUCAUUUUUGGCUUUUA